UCCUUUGUGGUAUAACUCCAACAACCAUUUCCCCACUGUGUAUACGUUUAUAAAGGGCGUGUACGCAAUUUCAAAUUGUGUUCAUUAAGGCGGUCCGAAUCUGCUGGAUAAACCGUGGUGAUUGGUUGGAGAACGGCCUAGCAACCGUAUCAGCUGUUUUCCCCUCCCAUUUUUUCCCUUAAAACCUAAAAAAACAAGCAGAAGAAGCUAUUCUUGAUUAUUUUUCGAUGAGAAACCAAGGCGUGCUGUUUGAUGUUUAUUUUCUCCUUAUAACUUAAAUUCAUUGCGAAAUUUCUUCAAUUCACAUCUGAUUAACGAAGUAGAAAAUGUGGUGUCUGGUAUCCCAACCGAACGCAACGAAAAAUGCAGAUUUGGUAAUAGAAGUACGACUCAGUCACAAAGCCACGGGGCAGGAGUGCCUCAGUCAGGUCUGUCAAAAGCUUGGAAUUAUUGAAUCAGAUUACUUUGGCCUCCAGUUCACAACAGUCAGAAAAGAAGAAAUCUGGCUGAACCUGAGAAAUGAAAUCCGACAAGAAAUACAUGCUCAUCCUUUCAGACCGACCUCCACUGAUGGAAGUAAGCCUGCAGCCAUCCGUUUCAGAUUGAAAGUAAAAUUCUGGGUUCCACCUCAUCUCAUCUUGCAGGAAUCCACAAGGCAUCAGUUCUAUCUGCAAGCCAAAGUUGAUUUGAUUGAAGGCAGGUUAUCAGUAACAGAACCAGCAGCUACAGUUAGAAUUUGUGCUCUUGUAGCUCAAUCGGAAAUGGGAGAUGCAACAGGAAUGCCCUGCCAAACAGAGUCUUACUUACUCAGUUUUUUCCCUCAUGUGACUGUUAAAGACCUUGAAUCAUUUCAAGCCAGCAGGGAUGAGUGGAUAGCCAAAAUCCUUCAACAACACCAAACCCUAAAGGGUAUGUCUUCCACUUUGGCCGAGUAUUGGAUGUUGAAAGAAGUCAGCCAAUUAAAAGACUACGGUACCGAAACGUUUCGGGCACGUUGGAUUCUUGCCGAACACAGUGCAUCAAUGCGAGAAUCGGUGCAAAGUACCGUAGCAGUAAGCCCACAAGGUGUAUGCAUAACAAGUCUUGAAAGCGAACAUCGCUUGAGCGUCCCGUUCUGUGCAAUUCAAGCUGCCACGAAUCAUAAUGUGCGAUUUUUAUUGAAGCAUCGGAAUGACCUCGGUGGAGUCGAGUGCGCCUCACUCAAGUUAGAGACUUAUCAGGCAUCAAUCGCGCUGUAUCGGUCCAUAACUGAAAAACAUGCAUUUUAUAGUUGCGAAACUGUACGUAGCGCCGUGACGUCGCAAUUCGUACGAGAUUUAAAAGGAACUAUUGCGUCUUUCUUCAACGAAAACACAGAUCUUGGAAAAAAGUAUAUCUUUGACAUUCAACGCACCUGUCGGGAAGUUUACGACAAUGCUAGACGGAUCCUUUAUCAAGCUGGGGAUACACAAGUUCCUGCUCCGUCAUCGCCUUCCUUGAGUUUUCCUACAGGAGUUACAUCAUGCUCUGACGUUUCGUGCAAAACUACGAGAGAACAAUUCAGUCGUCUGCAGGAAGCUCUUCUCUGUCGCAUUUGUAUGGAUGAUGAUAUUUCGGCAGUGUUCUGUCCUUGCGGACACGCCGUUGCUUGCUCUUCAUGCGCAAAGCGUUGCGUUCAGUGCCCGGUGUGCCGAGCUCCAGCCAAUCAUACGCAGCCUAUUUUUUUACCUUUGUCGGUCGUUAAGGAAGGAUUCACAAUGAACAAUGGAAACAAACGAUUGGAGCAAUACGAAAUCGAGGUCUAACGGUCUAUCUACUUGCGCUACCCCUAACCCAACUUUGAUAUAUUUCGUACUUCAAUGCAAACUACGUGACUUCUGUGAUCCGUAAUUUGGCGGAAAAAGAGCGGCUUGAUCCGUUUUUGUUUUCACUUACUUUAAAUACCUCUGUAUUUGUACAACUAACUUUAUGUGAUGGCUUUGUAUUUUCCAAUUUGAAUUUUUCCAGAGGCUGAUAAAUUAUGCUUUACAUUUCA